AUGCCUACUGAUGAUGCAAAUCUUGAGAAGGAGAAUAGUGAGGUUGCAGAGAAGGCCUCAUAUGAUGUUCCCACCUCAAAAGAUGGGAAAGCUAAAGCAAGUGAUGCUGAAAAAGAGAAAAAGAAAGGUUUUGAGCCUCCAUCCGUCGAGCCAAAGCUACCAUUCCCACAUCGAAUGCAAAAGACCAAGGUAGAUCAACAAUUCGGUAAGUUCUUGACUAUGGUCAAGAACCUUGAGGAAAUGAUUACUAAGAAGAAAGACUUUGGUGGUGUAGAAACAGUCGCUCUAACUGCAGAGUGUAGUGCUAUAUUGCAAAAUAAAUCCCCACCUAAGCUUAAGGACCCUGGUAGUUUUUCCAUCCCAUGUCAUGUAGGUGCAUUAUUCAUUGAUAAAGUUUGUAACAGGUUGAAUAUGGGAGCUUUAAAAUGCACACAGAUCACUUUGCAAAUGGCGGAUCGUUCUAUAAAAUACCCUUUAGGUGUUUUGGAGGAUGUACCCGUUCGGGUUGGAAAAUUUUUCAUCCCUGAUGACUUUGUAGUUUUGGAUAUGGAGGAGGAUAGAAAUAUUUCGAUCAUUUUAGGUAGACCUUUCUUGUGUACUGCAGGUGCUAUUAUUGAUGUCAAGUCCGGGUCCCUUACUUUGUCUGUUGGUGAUGAUACAGUGACUUUUAAUCUAACAAUGCAAUGA